UAUUGGCGUAGCAUGCGCAAGCUGUGCACCAUAGUGCUGCUAAGUGCAGCAAAGGUUGAUUCAUUCAAGAAGAUGAGAAGGGAGGAGGUGGGCCUUUUUGUUGGAUCUCUUAAGGAGGCUGCCGAAGCUGGUGCAAUGGUUGAUAUGACUGCCAAGGUGGGAUCACUGAUUGAUGAUAUCACCUUCCGAAUGCUGAUUGGUAGCAAGGUCGAUAAUGUCCACCUAAACUCAGUUGUUGAGGAAUACCACAAUCUUCUUGGGACUUUUAACCUGGCUGAUUUCUUUCCCUAUAUCGGAACACUUGACCUUCAGAGAUUGGGUCGACGCAUGAAGGAAAUUAGCAAACUCUUUGAUGGGUUUUUGGAAAAGAUCAUUGAUGAGCACAUAAACAAUCCUAAAGACCGUAACAACAACCAGAAGGACUUUAUUGAUGUGAUGCUGUCUUUGAUGACGGAAUCAAAACAUAUGCAGGCAGAAGAACAACGCUACAUGAUCGAUCGAACUAGUAUAAAAGGAAUCAUUUUAGACAUGAUUUUGGCUGCAAUAGACACAUCGGCUGUCACAAUUGAAUGGAUCCUCUCAGAACUCCUAAGGAAUCCUAAGGUGAUGGAAGGGCUCCAAGAGGAGUUGAGGAAUAAAGUUGGCAUAGAUCUGCUAGUUGAGGAAGAGGAUUUAGUUAAACUAGAGUACUUGGACAUGGUUGUGAAGGAAACCAUGAGGAUUCAUCCUGUUGCUCCGUUGCUAGCUCCCCAUGAGUCCUUCGAAGACAUAACAAUCAAUGGAUACCAUAUACCCAAGAAGUCUCGUGUGAUUAUAAAUGCUUGGGCAAUUCAAAGGGACCCUAAUGUGUGGUCAACUUAUGGUGAUGCUGAAAAAUUCUUGCCCGAAAGAUUCAUAGAAAAUAAUAUUGACAUCCGUGGACGUGACUUCCAACGUAUCCCAUUUGGAUCAGGUCGUAGAGGAUGUCCUGGUAUACAUCUGGGCCUAACAGCUGUGAAACUAGUACUUGGACAAUUGGUACAUGGCUUCGAUUGGGAAUUACCCAAUGGCAUGUCACCUGACGACUUGGACAUGACUGAGACGUUUGGCCUAUCUGUUCCAAGAGCCAACCAUCUACUUGCUGUUCCAAGUUAUCGACUUUGCCUUUGUGGCAACAAUUUGUAAGGAGUGUGCU